UUUGGCCAAGUGAUCUUCAGAAAGGAAAAUGUGUUCUUGAAAAGGCUCUCCUAGAAAUCUCAACUUCUCCAAAAUUAGCCUGACCCAUUGCAGAGGCUCUGCCUAUGUCAAAGAGAUGGCAGGUACCUCGAGGCCCCGCCAGACGUGGAAACAGAAAACACAGCCAGGCAGCCUGCUGCAUCUUCUGAGAGUGUUGCGUGGCUUUGGCUGGAUGACAAAGAACUAAGGAGAGGAGUAGUCCAGACCUGGGGCUGCGUAUUUGAAUGACAAAGAUUCCUCUUAGCCAGCUCCUUCUGGAUGGAGGAAUGAAUGAGUGCCUCAAGUGUGUUCUGUCCACACCUCCUCUGUGGGCUCUCUUCAUGGACUCACUUCCCGUGCUUGUUAAACGUGUCGCCUUGCUCCCAAGACCAUGUAAAGCCUGCUGACCUUUAAUCUCCUCAGAGCAAGAACGGGGCUGCAGGUUAAGAUGGGGAACUCCGAGAGUCAGUACACCCUUCAAGGAUCUAAAAAUCAUAGCAAUACCUUUACUGGUGCUAAGCAAAAGCCUUGCUCCCUGAAAAUACGUGGCAUUCAUGCAAAAGACGAGAAGUCAUUGCAUGGAUGGAGUCAUGGAGGCGGCGGAGCAGGGUACAAGUCCAGGUCCCUGGCCCGGAGCUGCCUGUCUCACUUUAAGAGUCAUCAGCCUUAUGCAUCAAGACUUGGGGGACCCAUGUGCAAACUCUCCAAAGGCACUGCCUACUCUAAGCACAGGGCGAACGCCCCAGGAAAUGAUUUCCAGGGCAACAGUGCUGCUUUCUCACCCGAGAAUGGCUUCCACUAUGUUGGCCGUGAACUGGCAGAUAACCACAUCACCUCGAGAGACUGCAAUGGACACCUUCUCAACUGCUACGGGAGGAAUGAGAGCGUGGCCUCCACCCCCCCGGGCGAGGACCGCCGGAGCCCCAGGGUGCUCAUCAAGACGCUGGGGAAGCUGGAUGGGUGUUUAAGGGUGGAGUUCCACAAUGGUGCCAACCACGGCAAAGGCCCUGCCGGGGACCCCGGCGGACCUGUGCAGCUGCUGAGAUACUCGCCCACCCUGGCUCCCGAGACCUCCCCUGUGCCCCAGGCCAGGAGGGACUCCAGUGCCGGCUCCCCGGCCAGCCAGCGCCCCUCUCCCACCGACUCUCGCCUGCGCUCCAGCAAAGGCAGCUCGCUGAGUUCCGAGUCGUCCUGGUACGACUCCCCGUGGGGCAACGCUGGGGAGCUGAGCGAGGCGGAGGGCUCCUUCCUGGUCCCCAGCACGCCGGAUCCCAGCCUCCCCGUCGGCUUCCCGCCUGGUGACGCCAAAAUGUUCAACCAAAGCUCUUCCCUGUCCUCCCUCCGGGAACUCUACAAGGAGGCCAGCCUGGGGAGCCGCUCCCCGUCCGGCAUCUGCCUGUCGGACGAGUACAUCGGCUCGCACAGCUGCCUCAGCAACCGCGUCUCCUUCGCCUCGGACAUCGACGUGCCCUCGCGGGUGGAGCGCAGGGACCCUGCCCAGUACAGUUCCUUCACCCUCCCCUGCCGGAAGUCCAAGGCGUUCACCGAGGACACUGCCAAGAAGGACUCCCUCAAAGCCAGGAUGCGGCGCAUCAGCGACUGGACCGGAAGCCUCUCGAGGAAGAAGCGGAAGCUCCAGGAGCCCAGGUCCAAGGAGGGCAGCGACUACUUUGACAGCCGCUCGGAGGGACUGAAUGCAGAUGUGCAGACGCCCUCUCAGGUCUCUGCGCUGCUGUGGCCGGGGGGCUCGGCUCACAUCCUGUCUCAGAGGAGCGAAUCUGCCCAUGCGAUUGGCGGUGAUCCCCUCCAACAGAACAUUUAUGAGAAUUUCAUGAGAGAGCUGGAAAUGAGCAGGACCCACCCAGAGCACACAGAGACAUCCACGGAGACCGUCGAGUCCAGCAGCGAGUCGCUCAGCUCGCUGGAGCAACUGGAUUUGCUGUUUGAGAAGGAACAGGGAGUGGUCCGGAAAGCUGGGUGGCUCUUCUUUAAACCCCUUGUCACUUUGCAGAAGGAGAGGAAGCUGGAGCUGGUGGCGCGGAGGAAGUGGAAACAGUACUGGGUAACUCUUAAAGGCUGCACCCUGCUGUUCUACGAGACCUACGGGAAGAACUGCGCAGACCAGAGUGGCGCCCCGCGCUGCGCGCUCUUUGCGGAGGAGAGCAUCGUGCAGUCCGUCCCAGAGCAUCCCAAGAAGGAGAACGUGUUCUGCCUCAGCAACUCCCUUGGUGAUGUCUACCUUUUCCAGGCCACUAGUCAGACAGACCUGGAAAACUGGGUCACUGCCAUACAUUCUGCUUGCGCAUCCCUGUUUGCAAAGAAGCACGGGAAAGAGGACACAGUGCGGCUGCUGAAGAGCCAGACGAGAAGCCUGCUUCAGAAGAUCGACAUGGACAGCAAGAUGAGGAAGAUGGCGGAGCUACAGCUGUCCGUGGUGAGCGACCCCAGGAACAGGAAAGCCAUUGAGAACCAGAUCCAACAAUGGGAGCAGAACCUGGAGAAAUUUCACAUGGACCUAUUCAGGAUGCGCUGCUACCUGGCCAGCUUACAAGGCGGGGAGUUACCGAACCCCAAGAGUCUCCUUGCAGUCGCCAGCCGUCCCUCCAAGCUGGCCCUCGGCAGGUUGGGCGUCUUGUCCGUGUCUUCUUUCCAUGCUCUGGUGUGUUCUAGAGAUGACUCUGCUCUCCGGAAAAGGACCCUCUCACUGACCCAGCGAGGGAGAAGCAAGAAGGGCAUAUUUUCUUCCUUAAAAGGGCUGGACACACUGGCAAGGAAAGGGAAGGAGAAAAGAGCUUCUGUGACUCAGAUAUUCGAUUCGAGUAGCAGCCAUGGAUUUUCUGGAACCCAGCUACCUCAGAGCUGCACCAACUCCAGCGAGGUGGAUGAACUUCUGCAUCUAUGUGGGUCAGCAGCAGAUGGCGCUCCCCGAGACAACACGUGGGGAAUCCAGGCUUACAUUCACUUUCAGGAUAAUCAAGGAGUCACUGUAACCAUCAGGCCAGAACACAGAGUGGAAGAUAUUUUGACCUUGGCAUGCAAGAUGAGGCAGUUGGAACCCAGUCACUAUGGCCUUCAGCUUCGAAAAUUAGUCGAUGAGAGCUUCCAGUGCUAUGUUCCUGCCCCGUGUGAAUACAUGCAAGAACAGGUUUACGAUGACAUAGAAGUCUUCCCUCUAGAUAUUUAUGACGUGCAGCUCACAAAGACUGGGAGUGUGUCUGGCUUUGGGUUUGCAGUCACAGCCCAGGUGGAUGAGCACCAGCAUCUCAGCCGGAUAUUUAUCAGUGACGUUCUCCCUGAUGGCUUGGCAUAUGGGGGAGGAUUGAGAAAGGGCAAUGAAAUCAUGACCUUGAAUGGGGAAGCCGUGUCUGACCUUGACCUCAAGCAGAUGGAGGCCCUGUUUUCUGAGAAGAGUGUCGGACUCACUCUGAUUGCCCGGCCUCUGCACACAAAAGCACCCCUGGGUACUUCCUGGUCAGACAGUGACCUGUUCUCCAGGGACCAGAAGAGUCUGCUGCCCUCUCCCAACCAGUCCCAACUGCUGGAGGAAUUCUUGGAUAACUUUAAAAAGAAUACAGCAAAUGAUUUCAGCAAUGUUCCUGACGUCACCACUGGUCUGAAGAGGAGUCAGACAGAUGGCACUCUGGACCAGGCGCCCCACAGGGAGAAGAUGGAGCAGACCUUCAGGAGUGCUGAACAGAUCGCUGCGCUGUGCAGGGGCUUCCCCAACGCCCAGGCCGACGGCAUGGAGGGGCCCAGGGAGAGUCAGGACCCGCCUCCAAGGCCUCUGGCGCGCCACCUCUCGGAUGCAGACCGCCUCCGAAAAGUCAUCCAGGAGCUUGUGGACACAGAGAAGUCCUACGUGAAGGAUCUGAGCUGCCUCUUUGAAUUAUACUUGGAGCCACUUCAGAAUGAGACUUUCCUAACCCAAGAUGAGAUGGAGUCACUGUUUGGAAGCUUGCCAGAGAUGCUCGAGUUUCAGAAGGUGUUUCUGGAGACACUGGAGGACGGGAUCUCUGCUUCCUCUGACCUCAGUGUUCUGGAAACCCCCUCACAGUUUAGAAAACUGCUGUUUUCCCUUGGAGGCUCUUUCCUCUAUUAUGCAGACCACUUCAAAUUGUACAGCGGCUUCUGUGCCAACCAUAUUAAAGUACAGAAGGUUCUUGAGCGUGCUAAAACCGAUACGGCCUUCAAGGCCUUCCUGGAUGCGCGGAAUCCCACCAAGCAGCACUCCUCCACCCUGGAGUCCUACCUCAUCAAGCCCGUUCAGAGAGUGCUCAAGUACCCUCUGCUGCUCAGGGAGCUCGUGUCCCUGACCGACCACGAGAGCGAGGAGCACUACCACCUGACAGAAGCACUAAAGGCAAUGGAAAAGGUGGCAAGUCACAUCAAUGAGAUGCAGAAGAUCUAUGAGGACUACGGGACCGUGUUUGACCAGCUAGUUGCAGACCAGAGUGGUCCAGAGAAGGAGGUAACAGAACUUUCCAUGGGGGAACUUCUGAUGCACUCUACAGUUUCCUGGCUGAAUCCGUUCUUGUCUCUAGGAAAAGCCAGAAAGGACCUUGAGCUCACGGUAUUUGUUUUUAAGAGAGCAGUCAUACUGGUUUAUAAAGAAAACUGCAAAUUAAAAAAGAAACUGCCUUCGAAUUCCCGGCCCGCGCACAGCUCUGCUGACCUGGACCCGUUCAAAUUCCGCUGGCUGAUUCCCAUAUCCGCGCUUCAAGUGAGGCUGGGGAACUCAGCAGGGACAGAAAACAACUCCUUGUGGGAGCUGAUCCAUACAAAGUCAGAAAUCGAAGGACGGCCAGAAACCAUUUUCCAGUUGUGCUGCAGUGACAGUGAGAGCAAAACCAGCAUCGUGAAGGUGAUCCGCUCUAUUCUGCGGGAAAACUUCAGGCGUCACAUCAAAUGUGAGCUACCUCUCGAGAAGACAGGCAAGGAUCGCCUGGUCCCGCUGAAGAACCGCGUUCCAGUGUCAGCAAAAUUAGCCUCGUCCAGGUCUUUGAAAGUCCUCAGGACCUCCGCCAGCAGCGAGUGGCCCAGUGAGUCCAGCAAGGGCCGCUCUCUAGACUCAGAUGAGUGCAGCCUGAGCAGCGGCACCCAGAGCAGCGGCUGCCCCGCCCAGAGUCCGGCUGAGAGCAAGCAGGACUGUCAGAGCGCGGCUCCUGGGAGGGACCCCCACACUGGCCCAGAGGAGUUUCCAGACAGUCUCAUCAAAGAGAGUGACAUUCUGAGCGACGAAGACGAGGACUGCCACCAGGCUCUGAACCAGGGCAGCCCUACCAAGGACAUUGAAAUUCAGUUCCAGAGACUGAGAAUCUCCGAGGAUCCUGACCCACUCUUGGCUGAGCAGCCACCGGGCACCGGGGCAGGUGAGGGCCCGAAGAGAGGAGAGCAGCCCAAGCUGGUCCGGGCCCACUUCUGCCCCAUUAAACGAAAAGCAAACAGCACCAAGAGGGACAGAGGGACUCUGCUCAAGGCGCAGACUCGUCACCAGUCCCUUGACAGUCAACCUGAAAAUGCCAACAUUGAUCUGAAUUUGGUUCUAGAGCGAGAAUUCAGCGUCCAGAGCUUGACUUCGGUUGUCAACGAGGAGUGUUUUUAUGGAACAGAAAGCCACGGAAAGUCGUAGUGCGGUUGGAUCCAAAUGUGGCGACACUGAUCCUUGACUUUUAGAUUCAUGAAGUGGAAAUUGCAGAAAGACCAUUACUAGGUUUUGUGCAGUAUAUAUUUCCCCACAAAAUCAUUGUAAAGAUUUAAGUUAUUUUAAUUUAUUUUGGACCAGAAAACCAGAUUAAACUGGUCAGAAUCUGUAAAUUAGUUUAUAUCCCUUUUGAGCAGGCAUCAAAAUGAUUUAGAAUCCUUAAAAUAAUUAGAAUGAAAUUUUUAUUUUAAGUUAUGUGGAAAAAGUAAGGUUGGGGAAGUUGUGAUUAAUAGCUUUAAAGGGGUCUUUCCCCCCGCCCCCCCCAAGCCUCUGGGCAUUUUAUUUGAGCUGUUAGUUUUUGCUUUAUUUAAAGCAAAUCUAAGUUAUUUUAAUGUGGUUUAGGGGCACAAUGUGCAAAUAUUUCAUUUUUGUAAGGUUGUAAUAGAUGCUGUUUAUACUAAACAUGUCAUAUCUAUGCAGUAUAUAUUAAAAGAAAGCUGGUACUGUA